AUGCUAAAUGAGCGUGAAAAACCGUCAUCAUCGGUGUUAGAGUGGCAGCAAGAGGCGCUCGCGAAGGGCGUCGAGAGUAACGAACUCGCCCGUGAUGAUGGGCGGCAAGAUGGACCGGGGGCGGAGGAGGAAGCGGUCGCGCCCACCGUCGGCCGGCUUCCCCUACCGCCCGCGCGGUGGGGCCGACCGCGGCGCCCGCUCGAUCUGACGCCGACCACGCACGAAGAGCUAGUCACCGAAGCGGAGGCUGUCCUCCGUCGGCUGCUAGUCACCGACAACUAUGACUCGGUCAACAACUUCGUGUCGUUGCACGACGCAUUCGAGCGCUCGACGGAGCCGCUGUACGACGUUUAUGAAAAAUACUCGCCGCCGAUACGUGCGCAGAAACACACUUGUGUCGGUUUGGGAUUCGAGCUGAUCAAGAGAUGGCGGGGAUUGAACAAGCAGUUUCCGGGAUCCGCUGCGGCGACUGCAUUGCUAUCUUGCGAGGAGGCGGUGGUGGACAUAUGGAGUUACGUGUCGCGCGGCGAGAGUCCGGCUGCCGUGGCAGCGGAGAAGGAACACGUAAUGGUCGGCGUGCAGAUAAGACUCGAGGGCCGCGUCGGUUUGUUGCUCGCUGAUCCGGGCUAUCACGUACCGAGAGUCGUCACCGUUAUGGCUGACAGAGCUUAUCCACAUACCGGUUGGUUCACGCAGUCUGACGAGCCGCACUGUCGUAAGGAGUACAAUUACGUAUUCAGUCCUCAUAACAGCAGCUACGUGGAAUGGCAGGAGCGAGAAACAAGAGGUGGCGACGUCAAAUGUCAGACUUCGCUCGUGUUCGCCGCCCGGCCUUAUCUUGAUGGCGUGCAUGUUACUGAACGCAGAAAUCUCGUUUACAAUUUCAGGAGUUUGCUGUCUCGAGAUCAGAAAGGACACGUGAGAGCAGGAUUAUAUUUCCCAGUGGGUGGGCGUGGAAAGGAUGCACAGUUCACACUAUUCUUCGACAAUGGUAACGAGAAGAGAAAAACCAAAUAUAAGUUCCAUAUUUUUUUGGAAUCCGAAUGUAUUCCAGAAUCAAUAUUAGAAGAAAUCGAACUAUGCAACGCCCAAAUGAAUUACACUGACGGUGAACUCCGCAACGUAAUCUGCAAGCUCGCUAAAGUUAUGGCCAACCAAUCCUUCAUCGAUCAGAUGCUCGAGAUCAACGAAGACAUCUGCCGUCUCUGUCUCUGACAGUCGACACGGAAUGGCGUCGACAACAAAAUGGCUUCCAAUAUCACGAACCUCAAAGAAGGAGCCACUUGCAAUGAUGCUGUUCCUUAAAUUUUUAUGUUUGUCAUUUAAUUUGUAGAUUAGUUGUCAUUAUAUGUCGUAUAAUAAUUAUCAAUUUUGUUAAUUGUAAUCGGUAUAAUAAUAUUGGGAUUUCGGGAAUGGAAAUAUUACGAAAUAUUUAUAUUAUUUUUGUAGUGAAUAAGGAUAUUUUGUUAACAUAUUUUUGGGCUUUUUGGUAUAAUUAUUUGCAGAUUUAUUUUCUAAAUAUAUAAUUAUUUGACAAAUUUAUAAA